AUGGAUAUUGAAGAUUUUUGGGACGUGUGGGAGAACAUUCCCAAUAUAGAUGUUGAAACAUACGAUGAAGGCAAAUGUGAGACUAGGUGCGCCGAUGGUAGGUGGUGCACGAGCAGGUGCCAUAUUCCCACGCAACUCAUUCAUCACACCACGAUGCGUAUUAAUGUGCCACUGAUAUUAAUCCCGAGGGAGUUUAUACAAUACAUGAUACAAUGUCCGUACAAGCAUUAA